AUGACGCAGUGGUCUGACCUGGGUCGCAGACAAGGGGACAACAGGCGAGGACAGUGUGUGGGAGCCAAGAAACCUCAGGCCUCACCCAUGGCCCAGGGAGGGAGAGGGCAGGUCUGCUGCACAGCUGCAACCCACUGGGAGCCUGUGGUCAUGGCUGCCUCCACAGGCGUUGGCUGCUGUGACAGGCAGACUGGCAGAGCUGCAGUCUGCAGGAGGGGCUGUAGGACUCAUCCACCACCAGCACGGGUCUUCGUGGGAAGAUCCCACUUCACACAGAAACCAGGGGCCAGGGCAGUGGCCUGCAGACCGGCCCUCCACCCCAUAGCUGCUGUCCAGUGGCCUGCAGACCGGCCCUCCACCCCACGCUGCUGUCCAGUGGCCUGCAGACCAGCCCUCCACCCCACGCUGCUGUCCAGUGGCCUGCAGACCGGCCCUCCACCCCACGCUGCUGUCCAGUGGCCUGCAGACCGGUCCUCCACCCCACACUGCUCUCCAGUGGCCUGCAGACCGGCCCUCCACCCCACACUGCUGUCCAGUGGCCUGCAGACCGGUCCUCCACCCCACGCUGCUCUCCAGUGGCCUGCAGACCGGCCCUCCACCCCACACUGCUGUCCAGUGGCCUGCAGACUGGCUCUUCACCCCACGCUGCUGUCCAGUGGCCUGCAGAUCAGCUGUCUACCCCACGCUGCUGUCCAGUGGCCUGCAGACUGGCCCUCCACCCCACACUGCUGUCCAGUGGCCUGCAGACUGGCCCUCCACUCCACGCUGCUGUCCAGUGGCCUGCAGACUGGCCCUCCACCCCACGCUGCUGUCCAGUGGCCUGCAGAUCAGCUGUCCACCCCACGCUGCUGUCCAGUGGCCUGCAGACCGGCCCUCCACCCCAUGCGGCUGUCCAGUGGACUGCAGACCGGCCGUCCACCCCACGCUGCUGUCCAGUGGCCUGCAGAUCAGCUGUCCACCCCACACUGCUGUCCAGUGGCCUGCAGACUGGCCCUCUACCCCACACUGCUGUCCAGUGGCCUGCAGACUGGCCCUCCACCCUAUGCUGCUGUCCAGUGGCCUGCAGACCGGCUCUUCACCCCACACUGCUGUCCAGUGGCCUGCAGACUGGCCCUCGACCCCACGCUGCUGUCCAGUGGCCUGCAGACUGGCCCGCCACCCCACGCUGCUGUCCAGUGGCCUGCAGACCGGCCCUCCACCCUAUGCUGCUGUCCAGUGGCCUGCAGACCGGCUCUUCACCCCACACUGCUGUCCAGUGGCCUGCAGACUGGCCCUCCACCCCACAGUGGCCUGCAGACCGGCCCUCCACCCCAUAGCUGCUGUCCAGUGGCCUGCAGACCGGCCCUCCACCCCACGCUGCUGUCCAGUGGCCUGCAGACCAGCCCUCCACCCCACGCUGCUGUCCAGUGGCCUGCAGACCGGCCCUCCACCCCACGCUGCUGUCCAGUGGCCUGCAGACCGGCCCUCCACCCCACGCUGCUGUCCAGUGGCCUGCAGACCGGUCCUCCACCCCACACUGCUCUCCAGUGGCCUGCAGACCGGCCCUCCACCCCACACUGCUGUCCAGUGGCCUGCAGACCGGUCCUCCACCCCACGCUGCUCUCCAGUGGCCUGCAGACCGGCCCUCCACCCCACACUGCUGUCCAGUGGCCUGCAGACUGGCUCUUCACCCCACGCUGCUGUCCAGUGGCCUGCAGAUCAGCUGUCUACCCCACGCUGCUGUCCAGUGGCCUGCAGACUGGCCCUCCACCCCACACUGCUGUCCAGUGGCCUGCAGACUGGCCCUCCACUCCACGCUGCUGUCCAGUGGCCUGCAGACUGGCCCUCCACCCCACGCUGCUGUCCAGUGGCCUGCAGAUCAGCUGUCCACCCCACGCUGCUGUCCAGUGGCCUGCAGACCGGCCCUCCACCCCAUGCGGCUGUCCAGUGGACUGCAGACCGGCCGUCCACCCCACGCUGCUGUCCAGUGGCCUGCAGAUCAGCUGUCCACCCCACACUGCUGUCCAGUGGCCUGCAGACUGGCCCUCUACCCCACACUGCUGUCCAGUGGCCUGCAGACUGGCCCUCCACCCUAUGCUGCUGUCCAGUGGCCUGCAGACCGGCUCUUCACCCCACGCUGCUGUCCAGUGGCCUGCAGAUCAGCUGUCUACCCCACGCUGCUGUCCAGUGGCCUGCAGACUGGCCCUCCACCCCACACUGCUGUCCAGUGGCCUGCAGACUGGCCCUCCACUCCACGCUGCUGUCCAGUGGCCUGCAGACUGGCCCUCCACCCCACGCUGCUGUCCAGUGGCCUGCAGAUCAGCUGUCCACCCCAUGCUGCUGUCCAGUGGCCUGCAGACCGGCCCUCCACCCCAUGCGGCUGUCCAGUGGACUGCAGACUGGCCGUCCACCCCACGCUGCUGUCCAGUGGCCUGCAGAUCAGCUGUCCACCCCACGCUGCUGUCCAGUGGCCUGCAGACUGGCCCUCUACCCCACACUGCUGUCCAGUGGCCUGCAGACCAGCCCUCCACCCCACGCUGCUGUCCAGUGGACUGCAGACUGGCCCACCACCCCACGCUGCUGUCCAGUGGCCUGCAGACCGGCCCUCCACCCCACGCUGCUGUCCAGUGGCCUGCAGAUCAGCCCUCUACCCCACGCUGCUGUCCAGUGGCCUGCAGAUCAGCCCUCCACCUCACACUCCUGUCCAGUGGCCUGCAGACUGGCCCUCCACCCUAUGCUGCUGUCCAGUGGCCUGCAGACCGGCUCUUCACCCCACACUGCUGUCCAGUGGCCUGCAGACCGGCCCUCCACCCCACACUGCUCUCCAGUGGCCUGCAGACCGGCCCUCCACCCCACACUGCUGUCCAGUGGCCUGCAGACCGGCCCUCCACCCCAUGCUGCUGUCCAGUGGCCUGCAGACCGGCUCUUCACCCCACACUGCUGUCCAGUGGCCUGCAGACUGGCCCUCGACCCCACGCUGCUGUCCAGUGGCCGCAGACUGGCCCUCCACCCCACGCUGCUGUCCAGUGGCCUGCAGACCGGCCCUCCACCCCACGCUGCUGUCCAGUGGCCUGCAGACUGGCCCUCCACCCCACGCUGCUGUCCAGUGGCCUGCAGACCGGCUCUUCACCCCAUGCUGCUGUCCAGUGGUCUGCAGAUCAGCUGUCCACCCCACGCUGCUGUCCAGUGGCCUGUAGACCGGCCGUCCACCCCAUGCUGCUGUCCAGUGGACUGCAGACCGGCCGUCCACCCCACGCUGCUGUCUAG